CGCGGCAAGCCUGGCGGAGGCGCGAGGCCCUCCUCCCGCCUCUCCGCCUACUCCAUCCUCCGCUGCCUCAGCUUCCCGAGCGAGCCUUGCGGCCGCCGGAGCAGCUCCCGCGGCGGAGCAGGAGCCGGAUGGUCAGAGGAGCCCGGCAGCCUCAGCAGCCGCGGAGUCGCCUGGCCCCCAGACUGACUGGCACAGUGGAGAAACCACCUCGAAAACGGAAAAGCAGGACUGAAUUCGCUCUUAAAGAAAUCAUGUCCUCUGGAGGUGCUGAAGAUGACAUCCCACAGGGAGAGAGGAAAACAGUCACAGAUUUUUGUUACCUUCUGGAUAAAUCUAAACAACUGUUCAAUGGGUUAAGAGAUUUGCCACAGUACGGGCAGAAGCAGUGGCAGUCCUAUUUUGGAAGAACUUUUGAUGUUUACACCAAACUCUGGAAGUUCCAGCAGCAGCAUCGACAAGUCUUGGAUAAUCGGUAUGGCUUGAAGCGGUGGCAAAUAGGGGAAAUUGCUUCUAAGAUUGGGCAGCUAUACUACCAUUAUUACUUACGCACAUCUGAGACCAGCUAUCUGAAUGAGGCUUUCUCCUUCUAUUCUGCAAUCAGACAGAGAUCAUAUUAUUCUCAAGUCAAUAAAGAGGACAGACCUGAGUUGGUAGUUAAGAAGCUACGAUACUAUGCAAGAUUUAUAGUAGUUUGUCUUCUUCUCAACAAAAUGGAUGUUGUGAAGGAUCUGGUGAAGGAAUUGUCCGAUGAAAUUGAGGAUUAUACUCACCGCUUUAAUACUGAAGAUCAAGUGGAAUGGAACCUCGUGCUUCAAGAAGUCGCAGCUUUCAUUGAGGCGGACCCUGUAAUGGUACUGAAUGAUGACAAUACCAUUGUUAUCACAUCGAACCGCCUUGCUGAAACAGGAGCCCCGUUGCUGGAACAGGGCAUGAUUGUGGGGCAGCUGUCUCUGGCUGACGCGCUCAUUAUUGGUAAUUGUAAUAACCAGGUUAAGUUCAGUGAAUUGACUGUUGACAUGUUCCGGAUGUUACAAGCCCUGGAAAGGGAGCCAAUGAACUUAGCUUCCCAGAUGAACAAGCCAGGAAUGCAGGAAUCAGCUGACAAGCCUACCAGGCGAGAAAACCCGCACAAGUACCUGCUCUACAAACCCACCUUCAGCCAACUGUACACAUUCUUAGCAGCAUCUUUUAAGGAGCUGCCUGCCAAUAGCGUGCUCCUGAUUUACCUGUCAGCCACUGGCGUUUUCCCCACAGGUCGUUCUGAUAGUGAAGGUCCCUAUGAUUUUGGAGGGGUACUUACUAAUAGUAACCGGGAUAUUAUAAAUGGAGAUGCCAUCCACAAACGAAACCAAUCCCACAAAGAAAUGCACUGCCUCCACCCCGGAGACCUCUACCCCUUCACGCGGAAGCCCCUGUUCAUCAUCGUGGAUUCCUCCAAUAGCGUUGCCUAUAAGAAUUUCACAAACUUAUUUGGACAGCCACUAGUCUGCUUGCUUUCUCCUACAGCAUACCCAAAAGCUUUACAAGAUCAAUCUCAACGAGGUAGCCUCUUCACUCUCUUUUUGAACAAUCCUCUAAUGGCCUUCCUAUUUGUCUCUGGAUUGUCAAGCAUGCGUAGAGGCCUGUGGGAAAAGUGUCAAGAAUAUCUUCGAAAAAUCAACCGCGAUAUUGCCCAGCUACUGACGCAUUCACGUUCAAUAGAUCAGGCAUUCCUGCAGUUUUUUGGAGAUGAAUUUCUCCGCUUGCUUCUCACAAGAUUUGUCUUUUGUUCAGCCACCAUGAGGAUGCACAAGAUUUUUCGGGAAACACGAAAUUAUCCUGAAUCAUAUCCACAACUGCCAAGGGAUGAAACAGUGGAGAACCCCCAUCUCCAGAAGCACAUUUUGGAAUUGGCAUCCAUUCUGGAUGUUCGAAACGUGUUCUUUGAAAAUACCAUAGAUGACUAUUAAAGCAAAAAUCCUCUUGUCAAAACAGUUUUUUCAUUUGCCACAGAUUUUAAAAGGUGCAGUUUUCUAAUGUGAU